AUGGUCAAGAGGCAUAAAGCCUUUCGAGACCUGGAGGAUGAGUAUAAGCAUAUACAGGAUCCGACUCUUCGCCGUCGUCUCAUCUUACGGGAUAUCAAUGAACGGUCUUUCAGCCGCGCUCAUGUUCGCGCUAUCCUGGUAGCGGGGACUGGCUUCCUGACGGACAGCUAUGAUAUUUUCGCCAUCAAUCUGGUAUCUGACAUGAUUGGAUUUUGUUACUUCCCGAAGCACGGGAACAAGAUUCCUCAGGUCGAUGAUACCCUGAUCAAGGUCAUGACCUCUGUUGGCACCAUCAUCGGCCAAUUGUUCUUUGGUUGGCUUGCCGACAGGGUCGGGAGAAAGCGCAUGUAUGGGUAUGAAUUGCUGAUCAUCGGGCUGGCAACUCUCGGCCAGUGUAUCACCGGUCCUUCGUCAGCAAUCGGCAUAACAGGCUUGCUGGUGUUUUGGAGAAUCCUCAUGGGUAUUGGCAUUGGUGGCGAUUACCCUCUUGCCAACAUCAUCACGUCCGAGUUCGCUUCGACCAAAUGGAGAGGCACGAUGGUUGCCGCCGUGUUCUCGACCCAGGCUCUUGGUCAGUUCAUUGCCAGCUUGGUUGCCACGAUUGUCAUUGCAUCAUUCCGAGAUCAAAUUGACAACGACGACAAUGUCUGUCAGGACAGUGUCUGUACUCAAACUCCUGCUGCAAACCUGGCCGUGGAUAGAAUGUGGCGCAUCAUCAUCGGUGUCGGCGCCGUUCCUGCGGCGAUCGCACUUUAUUACCGUCUGACCAUCCCUGAAACACCUCGAUACACCUUUGAUGUGAAUCGUGAUGUGGAGCAGGGGUUUGCCGACUACAAAGGAUGGGUUCAGAACACAAUUGGACCCAGAACUGGACAAGGAGAAGUCGAGGAUGAGCGAAGAGAGAUUCGCGCCGGUCUGAGACCUGGUGAGACCCUAGGCGGCCUUGACGCCACCGUUGUACCUCAGUCGUCAUGGAGCGACUUCAGGCGAUACUUUCGACAAGGUUUCAAUGGCUGGAUUCUCCUUGGAACGUGCGGGUCGUGGUUUUUCCUGGAUGUGGCCUAUUAUGCCCUGGCCUUGAAUAACACUAUCUUCCUCCAAAAAAUGGGAUUCGGGUCUCACAACAACAGCGACCCUACACGGCUAUACACGAUUCUCCGAAGCGGUGCGGUUGGCAAUCUGGUCCUGGUGGUGGCUGGUGCUAUACCCGGCUCCAUCUGCGCAAUCCUGCUUGUGGACCGUAUAGGGCGCAAAUCGAUUCAAGUGGGAGGGUUCGUCAUGAUCACCAUCCUCCUCUUGAUCCUCGGGAGUUCCUUCGAGAGCAUGUCCGACGCAUCGCGGGUGGCUGUGUUCGUCCUGAUCCUCUUUUUUGUCAAUUUUGGCCCCAACUCCACAACCUUCAUUGUGCCGGGUGAAUGCUUCCCAACCAGGUACAGAAGCACUUGUCAUGGACUGGCGGCUGCCUCUGGCAAAGUCGGUGCUGUUCUCGCUCAAGCUCUGACAGGACCGUUGCGAGGCAUCGGAUUUGAAAAGGGCGAGACCGACGCAUCACCAUGGCUUCCUCACGUUAUCCAGAUACUAGGUGCUUUUGCACUGUUGGGUUUGCUCUGUUCCUUUCUCAUCCCGGAAACGAUGGGGCGGUCGCUUGAAAGGUUGGCUGGCGAAGAGCCUAAAGCACUCGAAGGUGAAGAAACGAGCGACGACGAAGAUGGACAUCCGAAGUCGCUGCGUGAGUUGAUGUGGGUUUCAUGCACGCCUCUGGUGCUGUUUCAGUGGCUUUUCCGCAAGCGCAACCACACAGCUGAGUAUGAUGAUAUUGAUGCCGGUGAAGGAACGUUGACAGAGCCGCGAAUUUCGUUGUCAAGGAUGGGGCCUGGCGAUGAGACGUGCGCCGUGAGGUCCAGUGUCUCCAAAAGCCACCAGCCCAGGCAGCAAGAUGAUGGAGGGCUAAAGAUACUCGAGACUGAGAUCGACAGGAUAUCUGGGGAAAGCUUUGACCAAAGAGUGCAUGAUGGUGGUGGUGACGAUGAUGCCAUUCGGCGGAUCAAUUGA